ACAGAAGGGAAUACCUUCUCAUCCACAUCUCUCUCUCUCUCUCUCUCUCUCUCUCUCUCUAGGUUGUAAGAGCUGAGUCUUUAGUUUUUGUUCAUAUUUGUGUGGCUAUUGUUGUAUUUUCUUGGUAUUAUCAAGCUUGGAUAUUGAACCAUGAAGGAGAAAAGUGGGCUAGAGGAUCUGGUUCAGCUCUAGUUCUCUCUCUCUUUCUCUUUCUCUCCCCUCAGCUUGUUUCUUUUUAGCUUUCAAAAAACAAAACUUGUCUCUUGGGUUGGUGCCAAACCAAGAAGAAACCAUCAAGGCUUGUAGUGGGGGGAUUAUGGGUCUCAAAAACUACGCAUAAGAAAUCAAUUUUUGCCUCUUUAUUCGGUUCUUUCUCGCUUUCUCUCCCAACAGUUUUCACUUAGUUUAGCUUCUUCUUGUUUGUUUCUUUUGUCUUUAGAUCUUUACACCUUUGUCACACAUGACAAAACCAAGAUCUAUGGCGCAUGAUUGAACCUUAGGAUACAAGAAUUUCAUACCUAAGAGAAGAUGAUGAACGGUUUGAUGUUCCCUCAGCAGCUACAGCAGCCAGUUCUGGAGGAAAACAUGUCUAAUUUGACUUCUGCAUCUGGUGAGGCAAGUGUUUCUUCAGGCAACAGACCUGAAAUUGGUACCAACUAUUCUCAACAAUUCUUUGCUCCACCGCCAACGACCCAAACUACUCAACCAGUGAAGAAGAAGAGAAACCUCCCAGGCAACCCAGACCCGGAAGCAGAAGUAAUAGCUUUGUCUCCCAAGACUCUCAUGGCAACGAACAGAUUUAUUUGUGAGAUCUGUAACAAAGGGUUUCAGAGAGAUCAGAAUCUUCAACUUCAUAGAAGAGGGCAUAAUCUGCCAUGGAAGCUAAAGCAGAGAACAAGCAAAGAGAUAAGGAAGAAGGUGUACGUGUGCCCAGAAGCUAGCUGUGUGCACCAUGACCCAUCGAGGGCUCUUGGGGACCUGACUGGGAUCAAGAAGCAUUUCUGUAGAAAGCAUGGUGAGAAGAAGUGGAAAUGUGACAAGUGCUCGAAGAGGUAUGCCGUUCAAUCAGAUUGGAAAGCUCACUCCAAGACCUGUGGCACCAGGGAGUACAGAUGUGACUGUGGAACCCUUUUCUCAAGGAGGGAUAGUUUCAUCACACACAGAGCCUUCUGUGAUGCAUUAGCAGAGGAGAGUGCAAGAGCUAUAACGACAAACCCAAUUCUGUCGUCUUCUCAAGCUGGAUCUUCAGCAUCUCACAUAAACCAAUUCAACCCCCAAGACUUCCAUGCAUUUUCUUUGAAGAAAGAGCAACAAAGCAGCUUCAGUUUAAGGCCAGAGAUGCCUCCAUGGCUGGGCCCACCACCUAUUGAUCAUCAUCAUCAUCUCUCCUCCUCCUCCUCAUCACCCUUCUUCUCCACAAGAUUAGAUCAUCAAGAGUUCACACAGCAGCAGGCCCACCACCAAGAUUUCGCUCUCCAUGAAGCACCAAACCCUAACCCUAGCCUUGGCCCCACUCUUCCUCCCUAUCAGCCUGCGCCCUCCCCUCACAUGUCAGCCACUGCAUUGCUGCACAAGGCAGCUCAGAUGGGUGCAACCAUGAGCAGCAAGCCUGCUCCUGGCUCAUUGAGGCCCACCCACCAGACUCACGUGUCUUCUGAUUCUGCCAACAAUAAGUUUGGCUUGAAUUUGUCCUCACGUGAAGAGAUGGCCACCCGGUUUGCCCAUGGCUUGCCUCCUUUUGGGAAUAAAGCUGCAGCAGGCCCUUCUGCCUCUGCCCUUCAUCCUUCCCUUCUUCAUGACAUGGUGAGCUCUCUCUCCUCUUCCACUGGGCUUGAAGGAACUUCUUUUGAGGAUGCUUUUGGUGGGAUUUUGAAUUCUGAUAAGAAUUCAACUACUACUCAUGAAGGUGGUGGUGGUGGGGGUGGUGGUGAAGGUUUGACGAGAGACUUUUUGGGUCUUAGAGCUCUCUCUCAUAGUGGCAUUCUCAACAUCGCUGGUCUUGGUAACGGCAUGAACACUUCUAAUGAGCAUCAAAAUCAACCCCAAAAACCAUGGCAAGGGUAAUUAAUUAGCUCCUAAUUCGAUCAUAUGAAACUUUUUUCUUUUUUCUUUUCCUUUUUUGCUAUCAAUCUUCCCAAAGGGGAGGACAUAUAUUUGAAAUCUUAAUAUUCCAGUGACAUAUUUUAGCUAUUUGAAGAAUCUUGGUCCUUUUUAA